CCUUUUCCACACAUUUCUAACAAAAUGUUUCAAAACUGCCAAUCCAUUUUAAGAGAAUGGCUCUCCUCUUUUUACGAAAGUUAUAAAUGUAAUUUUAGUAUCACUAAAACUUAUCUGGUGUAACUAUUUAACCACCGCCCUCCAACAUUCUCUUGCCUAGCCUUAAGACCGUGACAAUAUUACCAUGUUGUGAGUAAAAUCAAUACUUUUACAUUGGUCUAAUCGGUCCGGUCUGGCAAGGCCAACUUGAUAACAGGACCUUGGCCACAAUAAUCAAAGAAAAACAAAGUACCACACAACAGCCAAAAAAAAUGGUAUCAGCAAUAACAAAACUUGGCUUGAUUUUUUUCAUUUCUUUUUUGGUCCUAAUUCCAACCCUGCUAGCCCAUAUAGGCGAAUUCGACGAGUCAUGGCAGAAACGAGCUGAAGCUUCCAAGAAAGCUGCCCUUAGUGCCUAUGAGCCCAACCCAGAAGAAGUUACAGAAAAGUUGAACUAUGAAGUUAACAAGGUGACAGAGGGGUCCAACAGUACAAGGAGGGAACUCAAGAGGUACUUUGGUCCUUGCUUGGCCACAAACCCCAUUGACAGGUGCUGGCGUUGCAAGAAGAAUUGGGCCAACAACCGUAAGCGCUUGGCUCAAUGUGUUCUUGGCUUUGGUAGGAAGACCACAGGAGGUAUGCGCGGGAAGUACUACAUCGUCAACGAUCCGUCCGACAAUGACGUUCAGAACCCGAAACCGGGGACUCUGCGCCACGCCGUGAUCCAGAAGAAGCCGUUGUGGAUCUUUUUCUCACGCAGCAUGAUCAUCAGGCUGUCUCAGGAGCUGCUAAUCACGAGCCACAAGACCAUCGACGGGCGCGGAGCCAAUGUCCACAUUGCCUUUGGCGCUGGGAUUACAAUUCAGUUCGCUCAAAAUGUGAUCAUCCAUGGGCUGCGCAUACACGACAUUGUGUCCAGUAAUGGUGGCAUGAUUAGAGACUCUGUGGAUCACAUUGGGUUCCGUACGGUUGCUGAUGGAGAUGGGAUUUCCAUCUUUGGAUCGACCAACAUUUGGCUUGAUCACAUUUCCAUGUACCGUUGUCAGGAUGGCCUCAUUGAUGUCAUCCAAGGUUCUACUGCCAUCACCAUUUCGAAUUCCCACUUUACUCAUCACAAUGAUGUGAUGCUUUUUGGUGCUAGUGACAGCUUUGAAGGGGACAAGAUUAUGCAAGUGACAGUGGCGUUCAACCAUUUCGGAAGAGGACUUGUUCAGAGGAUGCCAAGGUGCAGAUGGGGUUUCUUCCAUGUGGUCAACAACGACUACACUCACUGGCUCAUGUACGCCAUUGGUGGAAGCUCACAUCCCACCAUUAUUAGCGAAGGAAACCGCUUCAUAGCCCCUCCCAACACUGCUGCUAAACAAGUGACCAAGAGGGACUAUGCUGGUGAGUCGGAAUGGAAGACAUGGACAUGGAGAUCAGAGGGAGAUCUAAUGAUGAACGGAGCUUUCUUUAUUCAAUCAGGAAAUCCCAGCAAGAGAAGGCCAUUCGGCAGACGUGACAUGAUCAAGGCCAAGCCUGGUACUUUUGUCACUAGGCUUACACGCUUUGCAGGUGCCCUUAACUGCAAGAUCGGCAAGAAAUGCUAGAAGAUAUCUAUUAUUAACUUUUAAUUCCUCUAAAAAUAUCAGCACAAAUAUGUUGAAAAGAUCAGCCGAGUGGAAAAGGUGGCAUUAAAAAUGCCUUUGCUUUGGACUGUAGGAGGAGUAUGUGAAGGCUUAAAAGGAAUUUUUACUUAUUUAUUUUUUUGUUUUGUUUUAAAGUCCAUGUUCGUUUGUUUGUUUCUAUUUUCGUUUGUUUGUUUUUUUUAAUCAGUUGAAGACAGAGGGACAAGAUUUGGGUUACACAAAAUCUUCAAGACGUAAUCGAUAAAACUCUUUGAAGUUAAUUUUUUUAUACGCAAAGACAUGAAUGGGCAUAAAAUGAGUACUGAUGUACAUUGGAAUAUGGAUGUACGAACAAGCCUGUAGUUAUAUUCUGGUAGACUUAGAAAUGUUUCAUCAAGAACUUGACAUAAAUGUAAUCCAUUUUGGCGAAGCAGUUUUUACAGCUUCAUAAUACAUCUAUUUAUAUUAUUAAUGAUUCAAUUAUUACAAAGCUAGUCGUGUAAUCUACUAGUGCUGAAGAGAAUAAUCAAACUAAAUUAACCGCUAUUAUA